ACCCCAUGUGAAAUUAGAUUUCUUUAUGAUAUUUGAGAAUGACCUCAGAAUUAUUCUCUAAUUAUACUACAUGAUAUUACCCAGUGACUGACCCUCAGGAUUUCUCCAUAUUCACUCAUAUGUUUUAAGAUAAACCCAAUGGUCCAUUUCCUUUGCUCUUCUUGCCCAAUUCUGUCGCCAAGCGCUUCAUUGAGCUGUGUAUCUGGAAGAACCCUCCAAACACAAAACAAAAAUACAAACUUAGAAGCUCCUAGCCUAGCAAACCUUUUCCCUUUUCACUUUCUGCUCAACCCAAUUCCUCUGCCAACAUUUCAAAUCGAAUAAAAGUUUUCAAGUUCUCUCAAGUCUGAACCCAACAAUCCCAUGAUGGAUCUUUUCCUGAACCUCUUUAAUCUUUGGUUAAACUUUAUAUUUAACUUAAAAAUUUACAAGGUUCCCUUUCAGUGUUCAAUGUAGGGAUAAAUCAAUCUUCUUUUCAGUAUUAAAUUAUCUAAAUACUACAUGCUAUCACUUUACAAUUGAAUCAAUUCAUCUUUCAGUUUUUUUAGACAUAAAAACCACAUCGUGUUGAGAAAUUGUCACAAUUAAAAACUAAACCUUCACAUAAAAACAUUAUCAGCCACUAUAUUCAAUUGAUAUUUGAAUAAAGAGGAUUAUAACGCUGAUCAUUAAGGGAUGUUUGAGCAGCCCAUAUAGGCUGUAACAUUAGAGGGAGUGCACUCUCCACUUUUCAGCCAAUCACAACAGUGUUCACUCUACAGACUGAAGAUAUUUUGAGUAAACCUUCAUUUGAGUAGCAAGUUGUCAGUUCUGCAAAAUGCAUUUUGUCACAAUGAUUAGAAAACUCACUGCUUUGAUUCUUCUGACAGCAGCAUCUCUGACUCAAACUAAUGAGGUUCCUCAUAAGAUCCCUUUGAAAGUGGUUGAAGUUGGCGGGAAUGUUACUCUGCGUUGUCCAGGUUCUAACAAGGAUGGCAACUUCUUCUACUGGUACAAGCAGCCGCUUGGACAUAUGCUCCAGACAGUUGCUACAUCAGUUUUAGACAAACAGGAACUGAGUGAACAAUUUCCUGACAAUCGCUUUAAAUUUACGGCAGGAGAUUCUCAAUACUCUCUUAUUAUCAAGGAUAUCAUUAAAGAGGAUGAAGCAACAUAUUUCUGUCAAAGUGGGACUGCUUAUUUUCAGAGAUUUUCUACGGGAAUAUACUUGGCCGUAAACGAUGGCAAAAGUCAAACACUGACUCAUGUCAGACAAACUCCAGAAACGACAUCAGUCCAGGAGGGGGACACAGUUAAUCUCCACUGUUCUCUUCUCUCCAGCAGUAGAGACAACACCAGUCAUAAUCUAUCUGAUUACAAUGUGUACUGGUUCAGAGCUGGAUUUGGAGAAUCACAUCUAAAUUUUAUUUACACCCAGAAGAACAGGAGUAGUAAUAGAAGCUGUGUCUCCCAGCUGUCCAAAACUAUACAGGACUCCUCAGAUACUGGGAUAUAUUACUGUGCUGUGGUCACAUGUGGAAAGAUCUUGUUUGGAGAAGGAACUAAAGUAGAGAUGAGUUCACAAUUCAAUCCAGCUGUUCUUGUACUUAGUGUGCUGUUGGCGUGCUGUGUGACGCUAAUUAUUUCUCUUAUUGUCUACAUAAAACAAAAAGUUUUUGGACAUUUGGAAGGGGCAAAUACAGGUCUGUCUGGACGACAGAAGACAUUGGGAAACCAACCAAGUGACACAGGCGCUCGUGGAGAUGAAGUCAAUUAUGUAGCUCUUAAUUUCUCUACAAGGAAGACAAAAGGUGUAAAGAAGAGAACAGAAUCACCACCAGAAUGUGUGUACUCAGCUGUGAGAGGAGGUCAUCCCACACUGCAUGAAAUGUCUUAGAGCAGGACUUGUGUGUGUAGAGUUUGGAGACAACAUGCUUGCAUGACUGACAACAAAUUAACAUUGUGUAUUUGUUGGUUUUGCAGCUCUGCAAAUUUUACUACUAAAAUGUUUUAAACCAUGCUUUUUUCAAACUUCUUCUCAUAGAAUUGGAUGAUGGUAUAAAAAGUAACUGUGUAUAAAAAUUGUUCACAAUAAAGAUUUCACAUUGUUCAAU